UUUGAUUUUCAUCUUGAAGUAAAUAAAACGUUAUUGAUUCAAUUAUCAUCCAUCCAUCGAUUCAACAAUUGAAAACAUCAUGGAUAUUAAACAAUUGGAUCCACAAACAAUACGACGAAUAAGUUCUGGUCAGGUGAUUGCAUCAAUGUCAUCGGCUUUGAAAGAAUUGAUUGAAAAUGCAUUGGAUGCAUCGGCCACAUCGAUCGUUAUACGAUUCAUUGAACAGGGAAAAGAUUCGAUUGAAGUUAUCGACAACGGUUGUGGUAUUGAUGCAGAUAAUUUUGAUUUAUUGUGUCGCCGUAAUUGUACAUCGAAACUGUUGGAAUUUGAUCAACUAAACAAUGUUCGCACUUAUGGAUUUCGUGGCCAAGCAUUGAAUUCUUUGUGCAAUUUAUGUGAAUUACAAAUUCAUACACGACAUUCAAAUCAACAAAUUGGCACUAUGAUUCGAUUUGAUACAAAUGGUGAAAUUAUUGGCCGUGAAAAUUGUGCUCGUAAAAUCGGUACGACAGUAACAUUGGCGAAUCUAUUCAAACCACUUCCAGUACGGCGGAAAGAAUUAUGUCAAAAUCUGCGUCGAUCAUUCGAUCGAACAUUGGCAAUGAUUUAUCAAUAUUGUGUCGGAAUUAUCGGGUUUCGAUUAUCGUGUUGGCAUCAUCGUAGUGGUUCAUAUGAAAUUAUCUUCAAUAAUAAUGGUCAAUCAAUUCAAUCGAAUAUUGUGUCGAUAUUCAAUUAUAAACAAUUUUUAAAUCUAAUGCCAUUUAUUGUGGAUGAAGAUGCCAUUGAAUCCGGUCAAAAUCAAAUACAGAUCAGUGGCUAUAUAUCAAAGCCAGAUAAAGGUUGUGGUCGUUCCGUUCAGGAUCGACAAUAUUUUUAUAUUAAUAAUCGUCCAUGUGAUCUGCCACAACUAUCACGACAAAUCAAUCAAAUGUAUCGACAAUAUAAUCGUAACCAAUAUCCAUUUGUUGUUUUGCGAAUUGAUACCGAUUCUCAGCUGCUAGAUCUAAAUUGUACACCAGAUAAACGUACGAUUUUACUUGCAAAUCAACAAUAUCUUACUCGUUUAAUUGAGAGAUCCUUGAUACGAAUGUUUAAUCGUGAUACAAAUGAAGUGCUGAUGAUGAACCAAACACAAACACAGAUUCGUUCAUUUUUAUCUACUGAUCCUUCGACUGCCAAAUGUUCAACACCAAUCAAACCAAACAACCAUAAUGAUGGUCAGGAAUUGUCAGCUAUAAGUCAAAUUCCACCAAUUAAAAAACCCGAAUUGAUUCUAAUUCCUGAACCGCCAUCUCAAACGGCAACAGAAUUUAAACAUCCAUUUUUUGAAUCAUUAAAAAUUACUUCAUCACCAAUCGUGGACAUACCAUCAAUCAAACAGCCAAAAAUUAAAUCCAAUGUUCGAAUGAAUAGUCCAUCCAAAACGGCGGAUAUUCAACACGAACGAAAAAAAAGAAAACAGGAAUCCACAACCACCAAUGACACGAAAAUCGUCAUUAUCAAUGAAGUAGAAGAAGAUGAAUCACCACGAAAUGAGAUUAUAGUCGAUGUAACAAUCGAUAGUAUCUGCAAUGGUUAUCGUCGUGGUGGAAAAAUUUCCAAUCAAAAACAACAUUGUUCCACCGAAAAUCAAGGUGGAACAAGGGUUAGAAUUGCUAAAGAAUUAUUCGGAAAAGCUCGUAUCGUUGGGCAAUAUAAUCUUGGUUUUAUCGUCGUUCGUUACGAUGAUAACUUAUUUGUAUUAGAUCAACAUGCAUUGGAUGAACGGUUCAAUUAUGAAAAAUUAUUGUCAAAUCCACCAAUUACUAGACAAAGAAUGGUUGUAGCAAAAUCACUAAAAUUAUCAACGACCAGUGAAAUGUUAUUAUUGGAUAAUAUGGAAAUUUUCCAACAAUUUGGUUUCGAUUUCCUCGUCGAUUAUGAUCGUCCAAUUGGUCAUCGUGUUCAAAUGACACAGAUACCUAUGGCUAAUCGAUGGACGGCAAAUGAAUCGGAUGUUGAAGAAUUGAUCGCCACUUUAUUCGAUACACCUUCUUUGGUGGUAGUAAACAACACCACUAUGGAAUCAAAUUAUUCUCGAUUCAUGUUUCGUGGUCUGAAACGUGAAAUUGCAUCCAAAGCAUGUAGAUCAAGCAUUAUGAUUGGUGAUUUUCUAACCCGUUUACAGAUGAAAAUGCUUAUAGCGAAAAUGAUCGAUGUACGUAAUCCGUGGCAUUGUGCACAUAAUCGACCAACAAUACGACAUUUAAUUUCUAUUUCAAAUUUUCCACCUUUGUGAAUAACAUUUAUCUGUGAAAACAACAAAAAGUUUAAAAUUUUUUUUUAAUUCAUAAAACGAACCCAAUUUC